GCCGGAGAGCACACUGCUCUGGCGCUGUCGGAGCCCGGCAGGCACUGCCUGCGCUUAUUGAGCGCCUGCUGUAUGCGGGGAUCCGGGGUGAUGCCCGCCGUGAUGGGGACCGGAAAAGGCCUCUGCCGCAGACAUGGAAAAACUCAGCGCCCUGCAGGAGCAGAAAGGUGAGCUGCGCAAGCGGCUGUCCUACACCACGCACAAGCUGGAGAGGCUGGAGACCGAGUUCGACUCCACCCGCCACUACCUGGAGAUCGAGCUGCGCCGGGCACAGGAGGAGCUGGAGAAAGUCACGGAGAAGCUGCGCAGGAUUCAGAGCAACUACAUGGCGCUGCAGCGGAUCAACCAGGAGCUGGAAGACAAGCUGUACCGCAUGGGCCAGCACUAUGAGGAAGAGAAGCGCGCCCUGAGCCACGAGAUCGUCGCCCUCAACAGCCACCUGCUGGAGGCCAAGGUCACCAUCGACAAGCUGUCGGAGGACAACGAGCUCUAUAGGAAGGACUGCAAUCUAGCGGCCCAGCUGCUGCAGUGCAGCCAGACCUACGGCAGGGUCCAUAAGGUGUCCGAGCUGCCCUCGGACUUCCAGGAGCGCGUGAGCCUGCACCUGGAGAAACACGGCUGCAGCCUGCCCGCCCCGCUCUGCCACCCGGCCUACGCCGACAGCGUCCCCACCUGCGUCAUCGCCAAGGUGCUGGAGAAGCCGGACCCCGCCGCUCUGUCCGACGCCUCGGCGCGCGACCUGGCCUUCCGCGACGGGGCCGAGAAGCCGGGCGCGCGGCCCCCCUACAAGGGCGACAUCUACUGCAGCGACACGGCCCUCUACUGCCCCGAGGAGCGGCGGCGGGACCGGCGGCCCAGCGUGGACGCACCCGUGACCGACGUGGGCUUCCUGCGCGCCCAGAACUCCACCGACAGCGCGGCCGAGGACGAGGAGGAGGCCGAGGCGGCGGCCUUCCCCCCGGGCUUCCGGCGCGAGGCCUUCGCGGGCUACGCGGGCUCGCUGCCCACGUCCAGCUCCUACUCGAGCUUCAGCGCCACGUCGGAGGAGAAGGAGCAGGCGCAGGCCAGCACGCUGACCGCCUCGCAGCAGGCCAUCUACCUGAACAGCCGCGACGAGCUGUUCGACCGCAAGCCGCCCGCCGCCGCCGCCGCCGCCUAUGAGGGCAGCCCUCGCUUUGCCAAGGCCACGGCCGCCGUGGCGGCCCCGCUCGAGGCCGAGGUGGCCCCGGGCUUUGGGCGGACCGUGUCCCCGUACCCUGCUGAGCCCUUCCGCUUCCCGGCCUCCCCUGGUCCCCAGCAGGCCCUGAUGCCCCCAAACCUGUGGAGCCUGCGGGCCAAGCCAGGGGCCGCGCGGCUCUCUGGGGAGGACGUCCGGGGCCAGUGGCGGCCCCUGAGCGUGGAGGACAUCGGUGCCUACUCCUACCCGGCCGGCACUGCGGGCCGCGCCUCGCCCUGCAGCUUCUCUGAACGCUACUACAGCGGGGGCGGCGGGGGUAGCCCGGGCAAGAAGGCCGAGGGCCGCGCCAGCCCCCUCUACGCCAGCUACAAGGCCGACAGCUUCUCCGAGGGUGACGACCUCUCCCAGGGCCACCUGGCCGAGCCCUGCUUCCUGCGGCCGGCCGGCGACCUGAGCCUCAGCCCUAGCCGCGCUGCCGACCCUCUCCCCGGCUACGCACCCAGCGAGGGGGACGGCGACAGGCUCGGGGUGCAGUUGUGCGGGGCCGGCAGCAGCCCCGAGCCCGAGCCCGGCUCCAGGGACUCCGUGGAGCCCAGCUCCAUGGAGGCCUCCCCGGAGCUGCACCCGGCCGCACGCCUCAGCCCCCAGCAGGUGUUUCCGCGGACUGGCGGCUCGGGGCUGAGCCGCAAAGACAGCCUCACCAAGGCCCAGCUGUACGGCACCCUGCUCAACUGACCACCCGCGUGGCUGUGGCCGUGGGGGCCGCGCCUUGGCGCUCCCCAGGUCCUGCAAGGAGCAGGGCCCCUUUCUCCCCGGCAGCCCCUCUUCCCCCCACGCCCAACCCCGCAGAGGCUGAGCGGAGGCCCCCACCCCCGCCGUGGAACUUCCACCGAGAGCAUCCCUCGCCGCCGCCCCCUCCGUCUGAGACGAGCAUCCCCCUUUUAUAAGCGAAACUAUUUUUAUAGAGAAAAAGGGUCUUUCUUAACGCACCUCGCCGCCAGCUCCCUGACGGCAGCCGUGGCGUUUCCAACACACAGCUCCUUUGUUUGUCGGGUGAGGGUGCACGGGGGCCUGCCCCGGCGGGGACGGUGACCGUGCGUGGGGAGGACUCCCCCACAGCGAGCCAGAGACCAGGGAGCCCGAGUUCUGCCCACAGGAAGGGAACCGAAGCCACUGAGGAGGUAGUAACUGCUCUGAAACCCCCACCCCUGAGCUCUCGGUGGCCCAGAGCCCCGAGAGGGGCCGGGUGAGUCCCAGAACGGCCGGUGCUCCUCCCCCGCCAGCCACUCCCGACACCGUGGUACUCUACCUCAGACGUAUGAGGCACUCCAGCGCUGUCCCACAGCUUGCAGCCCCGUCUGUGGUGCAUGCCGUCUUGACUGUAUUUAUUUUGCACUCAUCAAUAAAGACAUCCGUGGAAA